AUGCCGGCGUUGGCGAAGCAGAACCCGCGCUUCAAGACGGUGCAAAAGUUCAGCCUAGACUAUGCACCCAUCACCAUCACGCAAUAUGAGUCGACACGCACAGGCAUGCGCAUUGCCGUCGUCGACAAGAAAGGUCCGAAGGUCGAAGGCGAGUUUGCCUUGGCGACGGAGAUCACCGACAACUCCGGCUCGCCACAUACCUUGGAGCAUCUGGUGUUCAUGGGGUCAAAGUCCUAUCACUACCAAGGUCUUCUCGAUAGAUUAUCUUCGCGAGCGUUUUCUACAACCAAUGCCGGCACAGCUACAGACUAUACAUCUUACUCGCUCAAGACUGCGGGCUGGGAAGGAUUUGCUCAGAUAUUACCAAUCUACCUGGAGCACUUGAUCGUGCCCACCCUCACCGACCAUGGCUGUUAUACCGAGGUGCAUCACGUGGAUGGGACCGGUCACGAUGCUGGUGUCGUAUACUCGGAAAUGCAAGCUCGGGAAAAUACUCCGGGAGAUCUGAUGGAGCUGAGACGGAGAGAACUGCUCUACCCAGAAGGGAGCGGCUUCCGAUCAGAAACGGGAGGUACCACCCCAGAGUUGCGAGUCUUGACGGCAGAUCGCAUUCGGGCCUACCACAAGGAGAUGUAUCAGCCCAAGAAUCUUCGUGUGAUCAUCACGGGCGAAGUCGAUCACGAUGAGCUUCUGCAAAUAGCAGACGACUUCGAAACAUCCAUUAUCGAUCAUGUGCCGAAACUCGAGGCGCCAUUCAGGAGGCCCUGGGUAGACUCCAAACCUGCUCCUGCACUCAAAGAAACAAAAGUCGACACGAUCAAGUUCCCUGAAGAAGACGAAUCCAUGGGCGAGAUCACCGUUGGCUACGUUGGCCCGAAAUGUGACGAUUCUGUAUCGAACGCCGCGCUGUCUGUGCUUAUGAGCUACUUGGCAGGAUCACCAAUAAGUGUACUUGAGAACACUUUGGUCGAGCGAGAGCAGCUCUGCAGUGGCGUAUACUACGAACAAGAGACUCGUCCAGACGUUGUCAUCUGGUUUGAUCUUACCUCGGUCGAGACUGAACGACUGAGAGAAGUGUACGACCGGUUUGUGCAACUCUUCAGGGAGACUGCGAGCAAGCCUCUAGACAUGAGCUAUAUGAAAGAUUGUCUGAAGCGCGAAAGACGUAGAAUCAAGGAGAGUGCCGAGAACUCCGAGGACUUUUACACGCAGCCCAUCUUGGAGGACCAUCUCUACAGCCCACGAGAUGGCCGCGCUCUGAAAAAUCUGCAAACAAUCAGCGAGCUAGACGUAGUCGACAGGUGGUCUGAGUCGGAAUGGCGUGAAUUCCUGAUCAAGUACUUCGUGGACUGUCGCCACGUCUGUGUGCUUGGCAUGCCAUCGAAAGACCUGCAGAAGAGCAGUGCUGCGGAAGAGAAGGCUCGCAUCAAGGCCCAGCAAGAACGCUUGGGCGAGCAAGGGUUGAAAGAUCUCGCCGAAAAGCUUGAGCAGGCAAAGAAGGCAAACGGCCAGCAUAUACCAGAUUCUGUCCUCGAGCAGUUUCCAAUACCAAGGGCAGAGUCUGUCAAAUUCAUCAACACGUCGACCGCCCGAUCUGGAGCGGCUCGCAAAAUGGGGGAAGGCGAUAAAGAUGCACAGAUGAUCAUCGACAAAGCCGAUGAUGGCUCGCCACUAUUCAUCCACUUCGAGCAUAUUCCGUCCAACUUCGUGCGCGUAAAAGUGUACUUUGGCACUGCCAGCAUUCCUGACGAGCUUCGUCCAGUGCUGAGCUUGUACAUGGCAAAUCUCUUUACCACUCCGGUCAUGAUCGAUGGCAAGCGGGUAGAAUUUGAAGACCUGGUAUCAGCACUAGAAAAGGAAACGACCUCUUACUGGGUCGACUCAGCUCAUGGUGGCAACUCGCAAAUGUUGGCAGUUCGCUUCAUCACGGAGCCGGACACCUACGAAGGCAUCAUCUGCCGCAUUCGUACCGUCCUCUUCGACGCGAUCCACAACCCAGUCCGACUACACGCCUCUCUCACGAAACUCCUCGCUGAUCUGCCGAGUGAAAGACGUGCUGGUGACUCUAUGGCCUGGGCUGUGAACUCCAUGAUUCACUCCAAUCGGUCCGCCAACCGUCGUGCGAUGUCAGCCCUCACCAAGACUCUUUACCUCAAACGCCUUCGCAAACUCAUCAAGACGGAUCCAGAAGCAGUAAUUUCCAAACUCAAGACUCUCUGCUCAGCCCUCCACCAGCCAUCGAACUUCCGCGUUUACGUCGCAGCAGACCUGACCAAACUUCCCAACCCAGUGUCAGCCUGGAAGACACUUACAUCCGGCUUCGACCUCUCAAAACCUCUGGCGCCACUCGACAACAGCAAGUCAACAAUCAGCGAGGUCGGCCUCAACCCCGGUUCGGCGGCGUACGUCGUGCCCAUCCCAGCCAUAGAUUCCUCCUACGCCGUCCUCACAUCUUUCGGUCCCGACACAUACGAACAUCCCGACCUCCCCGCUUUGAUGGUCGCAAUCGCCUACCUCCGUGCGGUCGAAGGUCCCCUCUGGGUGGCAAUCCGCGGCACAGGUCUCGCAUACGGCGUCACUCUCCGACGCACGACGGAACUGGGGAAAAUCCACUUCUGGAUCGAUCGCUCACCAGACUGCUACAAAGCCUACACAGCCGCCAAAGCAGAAAUCGAAGGCUACGCGAACGGCUCCAAAGAACUUCAAAAACUCGCCAUAGAUUCCGCCGUGGGAGAAAUCGUAUUCGAAAUGGCUGAUGAGGCACCUACGAUGGGAAGUGCUGCGGAUGAGAGCUUUGCGAGUCAGGUUUUGCGAGGGAUCAGUAAGGACUGGAACAAGAGGAUGUUGAAGAAGAUUCAGGCUGUGAGGAUUGAAGAGGUGAAGGGUUCGAUUGGGAAAUGGUUGACUCCGCUUUUUGAUAGGGAUAGCGCGAAUUUGGUCGUGACUUGUGCUGAUGGGAUGAAGGAUCAGAUGGUGGAGAAUUUUGGGAAGGAGGGCUUCAAGGUUGAAUUGAAAGAGCUUAGUUUCUUCGAGGAUGAUUAUGGGCUUGAGGCACGUGAGGGGGAGGAUGAGGAGGAUGAAGAGGAUGAGGAUGAUGAGGAUGAGGAUAAUGAGGACGAGGAUGGCGAAGAUGGCGAUAACUAGACAAGAUACCAUCUAUAGCCCCACAACUUUAGCAGAAGUUUUC